UCUCUCUCUCUCUCUCUCUCUCUCCAUAUACAUAUAUAUAUAUAUAUACAUAUAUAUAUAUGUGCGUGUUUGUGUGUGUUUUCUUCUAUCUCUAGCUUCAAAGCUGUUUUGUUUGGCUGUUUGUUUUCUUAAAACCUUGUCCGAAAAUGGUGGAUCUCCGUACAGUUUGUUGUCUGUGUGGCGACGUUGGCUUCUCCGACAAGCUUUUCCGAUGCUCCAAGUGCCUCACGCGCUUCCAACACUCGUACUGCAGCAAUUACAACUGCAGAGAAUACGCAGAGGCAGCAGUGCUACAAGUGUGCGAUUGGUGCCGGUGCGACGAAAGAGAAUAUAACAUAUCAUCAUCUAAAAAUAAUAAUAGCCACAUAAGAUCACCUUACUCCGGCGAAAAAAUAAAGCAGCAAACGCCGGAGAAAUCCACCGGAAAACUCCCUUCGCCGCGUCCCUCCGCUCGCAGGUACAAGCUUCUCAAGGAUGUAAUGUGCAGCACCAGGUGAAAGUUACACUCGGUGUCUUUUUACUGUUGAUUUACACACACCAAUGUGGGUGUGUGUUUGUGUGUAUAUAUGAGUGGCAGGGAUCUAUAUCCAAUGUAUUUCACCCGAUGUAGCGUAGUAUAAACCGACAUCUAUAAUAGUGUGAGUCUUGACCAACAUAUUAUAUGUUGCAUUACGAUCGGAGCCAACACAGGAUCAGAAGGCCACAGUCUCCCAACAUUUCGCAAAUCUCUAUUAAAUUUUACGUGUACAAUAACAUUAACAGUUCCCCUUAAUUUUUUUUUAAUGCAUUCGCCCUACCUGAUUUAAAA